UAUAGUCCUCGUAUAUGCAUGAUUUGAUUCUUAUAUUGGCUUAAGCAGGUCCUUGCACUGAAUUUGUGAUGACUGGAUUUGUGCAUUACUCCAUCAUAACUACUCCAGGUCCAGCACGACUCUGAAUUUGUGAUAACGGGAUACGUGUGCAGUACGUCGACAACGCCGAUCUCUGCGUACAUAUAUGAAGCCGUCGGCAGCGUCCCGUCUGCACACAUGUCGUCACCAAAGCCAUAUUCACCCGUCCUUCCCCCUGCAGUUACGUUUAUUUGUUCCGUGUGCAUAUAUCUGUACGUACUACUAGUACAUGUUGGCUACACGUGAACUGUUCUGUCCCGUUGCGUGUGGCACGGAAGCCUGAUUAACUUGACCUGUACGACUCGACUCGGGUGCUAGCUAGGUAGACCAAGUCCAUCGGUCGUAUAAUACCCUAAUCGCGCCAUCAUCUUCCUCCUUGAGUGCCGCCGGCCGAUCGGAUCUUCACAACCGGUCGUACGUCCGCAUACACGAACAUGGUGUGCGCCGACGUGCUGGUGGACAUCCUCCGCCGCCUUCCGCCACGCAGCAUCGCCGUCUUCCGCUGCGUCUGCAAGUUUUGGCGCGCCACCGUCGAUGACCGCCGCCUCCUACGCACCGACCUCCUCCCGCUCUCGCUCCACGGAGUAUUCUAUGAGACCGGACACCGGGACGACCCGAUGCUCUUCGCCCCCCGCUCCACGGUGUGCGAGAUCAUCAGCGGAGUCGACUACCUCAAAGCCCACAGACCGGACGACAAGGCCUAUUGUUGGCCGAUGCAAAACCAUUGCAAUGGCCUCCUCUUGGUGUAUCAUCACGUGGUCAAUCCCGCCACACAGCAGUGGGCGCCAUUGCCACCGGUAGCAUGCAUUUGCUAUCUGUCGUGGUGCUCAUGCCGCCGCGGUGACCAAUACAUCAUCUAUGAUCCCACGGUGUCACCGCAUUACGAGGUAUUAUUUAUCCCUCGCAUUCCUGAUGUCCCGGUAAGGACGGUCGAAUGGCCACCGUCGUCAUACGUCAUCCGUGCUUCUCAUCAAAGAGUAUGUGCUGGAAGGAGAGACCAAUUGUGCGAGAAGGGGAUGCCGCCGGGACGAUUGCUGAUUUGAAAUUGCUACCUGUGUAUUUGCGCGACUCAGCAUACUGGCGAGGGGCGCUGUAUGUGGGUCGUGAAUAUGGCUUUAUUAUGAGGAUAAACUUAUCAGAUGAUAGGUAUCACGUAAUUAAGUUACCGAAAGGACACAAAGGACUACCUCGCCUGGGAAAAUCAAUGAAAGGGGUAUAUUGUGCAUUGAUUCAUGGAAGAUGUGAAUGUGAAAUUUGGUUCCUUGAUGAAUCUCGUGGCCGGAUGGAAUGGAUGUUGAAGAAUGAAAUCGAUCUCCAAUCAACAAUUAGAAAAUGUUCAAACAAGCAUGUUGAUGAUGUACCAUGGGUACUACAAUCACGUCAUCACAUGGACGAGCGGUUGGUGGAAAAUGAUGCCAGCCUUAAGCUCAGAUGCUAUAACAAUGAAGCACCAUCGAAAGGUGAUUUUGGAUGGGACUCUGACGAUGAAAACACGGUUGACACUGCAGAGUGGCCUAAAGAAUCAGACAACAACUCUCCUUAUUUUAGUUGUCUUGGGUUUCAUCCUUACAAAGAAAUCGUUUUGUUUGGUUGGUUAGAUAAAAUAGUAGCAUACCAUUUAAAUAGCUUGAAGGUUCAAUGUUUGGGCAGGAUGCCGCACAUGUGCACCGAUAUAGAUGUGGCUUUCACGUCCGCCCCAUGUUGGAUGAGGAACUUACCUGGAAGCAAUUAAUGGUAAUGUAUACCAAUAUUAUCCUGUAUUAAUGACAAUUCUUCUUGUA